CCAAGCCCAAACCUUCCAAAGAAAAUGGCGCCCUCACGCAAAUCGCCCACCGCCGCCGCCACCGCUGAUGGUGGCGUCGAGGAGAACGCGAUGGCCAUCCUCGACACCUUCGGUAUCAAGGAUUCCCGCGACCUCCACGACGACCGAACCGCCUUCUUCGAGGCCGUGCGCUCCGCCUGCCUGGCCGGCGACAGCCCCUCGCCCCCCUCUUGGAGAAUGCACAAUGCUGUCUUUCAGAUUCUUCAAAGCAGCAGCUCUUUGGAGGUCACCAUCGCAAGUUUUCAUCUCUUAAUAGAGCUGGACAAGCACUAUCCAAGAACUUAUUUGACAAAUUCUGGUCCUCACCAAGCUUUAGUUAUUGUUGAAGAGUCAUGGUCACCGUUUCUCCCUGACAUUAAUGUUGCUCGCGGCGAGAUUGGGGGAAACACCAGUCGCAAAGAUCACCUCUUUGAUCCUUUGAGAUUUGGGUUACUGAUCGAGGACAUGGUUGAAGCAGCUAAUGAUACAAGUACUAAUAAUCGACUUAAGCGUAUAGAGAACAUGGUGCUGUUCCAGUAUCUCGUUAGCACACUGGAGGCUGAUUUUGUACCUCGUAAUAUUGCAUACAAAGAGUCAUUAGACUGGGUGGUUAUCAGGGAAUCUCUUUUAAGUGUGCUUCUGAGAUCACGAAACCUGGUAUUCAAAUCGUUUGUCAAGAACUGCAUAUCCCUUCUGAACCAACAUCAAAGAGAAGUUGAAGCUAAGAUAUCUUUUGAAUCAGCACCUGAUUCAGAUUCUUCCUUAACCUUUUCAUUGCUUGAAUUCGAAAGAGAAGCACUUUUGUCUGUCAAAAAACUUUUCAUUAUGGUUAUAAACCUUGACUUGAUUAGAAAAGAAGCAGACAAAUUAAGCCAGACUUCAAGAGCUGAUGGUUCCAGGAAUCCUAUCUUGGAAGUUAUUUUAGAUGAGCUACCUUACAACACAAUCAACUUAUCCCCAUUUCUUUUGGCUUUCACGGAAUGGAAGUGGAAACUGGAGAUUAUUUUGCAGUACUUUUUAAGAUAUUAUGGCAAGCCUGCAGUCCGUACUCGGAGAUCAGAUGAUACCCAACAAGAUUUGACAGUGGAAAAUGUUCUGAGUUUGUUUUCAACGGCCGCAAGCGCAAAAGCUAUGGCCAAGAAGAUGUUUCCAGAAGUUGCCCAGCUUCUCCUAGCACAUGCAUAUCAGGCCUGCUUGUCUAUUCAAGUUGAUUCUAGCAAAGCUGAUGAUGCAACAAAGAUGAUCGGAGCGACUCUCCUCGAGAUAUCUUGCAAGUUUGUGUCCGCUUUCCAGAAUCUGAGAGAAUGUAACACGGACAUUGAGAUUUCGCAGUUUGAGAAAGAAGCUUUGUUUACCGCCGCAACGCUGACUAGGAAGCUGCAGAAUGAGUAGGGAUAAGGGACUUGUGAGGCUAUACGGAUGAGAUUAGAUGGUUUAUCUUAAAAGAAUGAUGGUAUGAUCUUUUGGCUUUUGAAUUCUCAUCUGCCUAUGUAUAUAUUGCGGUAGUGUCUGAACGAAUUGUAACGAAGUGAUGCAACUGUUUUUUUUUUUGGUUCUAGAGAAGGGAAGUUCCAUUAUCUUUGGACUAUCCACCAACUAAGUUGCAUUUAGCCAAAUUAUUGUAAAUGUUGUACUAAAUCAGUUGGAUCCAGUCAGUGACCAGACAGACCACCAGUGUCUUGAUAUGUUACGACAUUCCCAUGCGGAACAAGCUGCCAAAAAAAUAAUGGGUGCAUAUUUGCACACCAUGUACU